AGUUUAUACAUUUAUAACUUAUGUGAAUAUUUUGUAUUAAAUUUAACUUGUUAUAAGCAAAUAAACAUAAAUAUGGUUUCAGUAUAUGAAGAUAAUGUAGUCGAAGAUUUACUUAACGGAAAUUUACAUGAAUUACCAAGCGAUGAAGAAAAUGAGCAAAAUGGCAUGGGUGGAGAAGAUCUUUUUGGCGAAGAAGGUGAAGCUGGUGGUAACUCGGGUGAAGCGCAGCCGGGUAUUAAAGUUGAGCCAAAGAAGCGAACAGUGCGAAAUCCGAGACCAAAAUUAUCUCUGGAUACUUUGACGGGACCGCGCGGCAUACAUACAAUAGAAGAAUAUUUCAAGGAUAUUAGUUUCAAAGGAAAAGGACAUGAAAAACGUGACCUAGAUGAGGUGAUGCGUCGUAUGACACAUUGGGCACAUCGGAUGUAUCCAAAUUACAAAUUCGACGAUGUCUUAACAAAUAUCGAACGUAUUGGCAAGAAGAAAUCUCUUCAAGUACAUAUGUCACGUUAUCGUCUGGGUAUGUUGGAAAACUUGAAAAACAUUGGUGACAAAGCACAUGACGAAGAGGAGGAUGGUGAUGCAGAUGCAGCAGCAGAUGAACCCUUUGACGAGUUCGAUGCAUUAUUGGGUGAACAAAUUGCCAUUUCAAAAAUAGCGCCGCGUACGCCUGCACACUACAGUAGUGGUGGUGCUGAUAGAAUUGACGCGACGUUUACAGGCGCUAGUACCAGUACUUUACACACACCAUCAUUUAAUCGCGGUAAUGCAGUCGUGUCUACACCAUAUACCAACAGCGGCCACCCAGGCCAUAAAUUAAAUGAUGGCGACCUAGCGCGUCCACUACCACCGUCACAACCGGCAUCUCCUGCUCCCAAGUUAACAGCAGAGCAAAUGGCGCGUAUAGCAGAAAAUCGUCGUAUAGCAUUGGAGAGGUUGAAAGCGAAAAAAGAACGUUUAGCACAACAGGCAAACGUAACUGUAGAUCUAACAAAGACCAUACCAGAGGAGGCAUAACGUUUCGAAGUAAUUAUUCCGCCACACGUGAGAAUUUGUUAAAUCUAUAAAGUUAGUCAACACAUUUAACCUCCUGAGAUUUAUACUAUGCAGCCACUUAACACUACUAAAUGUGCUUAUCAUUUUUUAUACCGCAGUGUGUCUUUUCUGGGCCUACACAUACAAUACGUCAAACUAUCGGGUGAUCUUUUGAUGAUUAAUCGCAACGAUGUGUUUUUUUCAAUUAAACUCAUAUAAUAACAUACAUACAUACAUAUGUAUGUAUAUAUUACAAAAUACUACAUUUACCGUCUGUCGACAUAAUAUAAAUAUUAGUAAGUCAUUAAAUAUGUAUGUUAACAAAUAUUGGAAUAAACUUAGAGAUAGAAAUUA